AGCUCAAUAAUAAGUCAAGAAAUCUUUUCGAGUAGUACUACUCAACGACCGGUCGGGCGAACCUUCAUUUUCAGGCGAUUCAACAGCGGAUCGAACAAACAUUUUAUUCUUCAACAACGCAAUCGAAUAGCAGAUCGAAUUGACGAUGAAGUAAAAUAAAAGGAAUUUCUCUUUGUUUACUUCUAAAUGAAAGAAAACGAAAAACGCGUGUAACGACGGUGUCGUCAUCUGAGAUUGCUGUACAAGUCGAGGUAACUCGAGUGGUUCUUUAAAAACAUGGGUUUUUGAGAAUUGUUCUGCGCUGUUUAACAGCAAGUGUAUCGAAUGAAUCGUCAGGAUGUCGAUCAAUACGUUAUAUGCUGCAUUUCGGAAACUUGCCGUCGACAGAAUAGGUGCUGCCGCUGCUACUGCCACUGCGAGGUACUACUCAACGCAGCAGAUAAACCUUGAUGUCUCCCGUUUCAUGCACAAUGUGCCAUCCAGCGCGGUGCCGGUACAUGAUAUCAAGUUCAAACCUGGAACCCUCAGUAUAGAUUUUGGCAUACCGACCAGACGAUCGGUACCAAGUAUAAUCGAAAUGCCUGUCGCAAGGAUCCCUCCGCUGCGAGAACCCACCAAAAGCUUGCCGCUGGAAUACGACUCUCCUCUGCCGCAAACGUCUGUAGAUCUACCAACGAUUGGCGGUAAUUUCGAGAAGCAGGCGGUUCGCAUGAUAGUGAUCAGACGCAAAAAAAUGAAGAAGCACAAGCGAAGGAAGUUGCGCAAGAAGAUGAAGUUCGUGUGGGCGAGGAUGAGACAGAGACGAAACGUGGAGAAGAUAAAGAGGUUUAAUAACGAGAUGAUUGCUAAGAUCAAGAUGGCCCAGGCCUUUGACGCGAAAAAGUACGUUCAAGGGAGACUCGAUAUCUUGAACAAGGAAAGGAUACCGCGGACUUUCAGGGGCGAGAUCCUGCCUCUGGAGAUGAUCAAGAAGUUAAGGGACGAGAAACAGGCCAAAAAAGAUGCGAGACUUAACAAGCCUAUUUUAAAGCUGUAGCUCUCGAUUUAUGUAUAAACCACAGUAAUCAGUAAAAAUAUCAAAGUAUCACAAUAAAAUUUUACUCUUGUGAUAAUUGCAUGCGCGUGUCUUUUCUCUCUGUGCAACGCAUACACAAGGAGAUUAAAGUGAUUCGGUAUCUGGGAAGAGGUUGGGUGAUUCGAGGAAAAUAAAAACCAGCUUGAACGAGCAGUAUACGAUUUA